AUGGCAGUCAUGGCACCAACUGAAAUCGCUGAGAAGAACAAAAGAAAAGAAGUUAGUUACGUGUGGGUGGUACAAUGCCAAGAGGAAGAAAUGUAUUUCAGCAAAAGCCCGAAAGACGUGACCGUAGUACUUGGCCAGUCUGUUACUCUACCGUGCGAAGUCACACCAGAUAAUGGCGUCAGGUGCGAACAUAACGAGUACUACUCGCCGAUACAAAGAGGGCAGUAA